AUGCGUCUAUCAAUUCUUCGCAUGCUUGCACCAAUUAUCGCUUUUGCCAGCGGACGUAUCAUCGACCUCUCGGUACCUACCAGUGUCAAGCCUGACGAUACUAUUAUCGUAAAUCUCAGCUCUGUGAACUAUACAGUCUCCGUAACCGACAUUGCUGUUACUUUCAGCUGGAGCUCUCUGCCUCAUUACAGGGAAGAACUAGAAGAACUAGACACAUUUUUAAUCGGAAAGGAGUACUCCAAUCUGGGAAAUGAAGCGACCAUUGCUGUGCAAACUAAGGUACCGAAGCGGUUUGAGGGGUUGCCGCUGGGCCACAAAGUUGAAUUUGGCGCGACUAUUUAUUCGCUUUACGGAGAUGAAAGAUGGCCUGUACUGGAGAUAUUGAGCGUCAAUGUCACUAUCGGUAACAAUAGCAGUGCUGCAUAC